GCCACUACAUACUAUACAACCACAGUCACUGUAUUCCUAACCUCAUUGUACGUGGCGUAUAUAAUAGAAGCAGAAUAGUUAUUACAAUAUCUGUGGCUGUGCGUCGUAAUAAGUGUAAAGUUCGACUUUAAUGAUUUGUGUGAUUUCAAUACACCUUUUUGGAUCGUUGUAAAUUACCGAUUAUUCGUUUUGCGGGUAUACUAUUAUGUUGGCGUUUCCAAAUUCGGGGGUUCCCCAGCAAGUAUCCUCUGCCGCGUUCGUUUCAAGAGGAGAAUUUCCCUACAAUUUUCAUUGUGCGCAUGCUCCGCAUAUUAUUAUAAAAGAAAGUUUAACUCAAUGGACUGCUCACUUUACAACAAAUCGGGAUGAGACACCUAGGAAGUCUGUUGAAGAAGAAAAGGACUUCUAAAUUAGUGCUUCUGGAUAAUUUGAAGGAUCUUUAGGUCUUUUUAACGUUUCUGAUAUAUCAUUUCAACAAUGAAUGAAAAAAAAUAUAAUGCAUUAGAUUCUGCAUUACAAGAAAUUACAAGUUCAGCAAUAAGACUGUCUGAUAAGGACAAGAAGUGCUACAAUGAUCAUUUAAAGCAGGUGCUGGAAUGCAUUGUUAAACAAAUGAAGAACAAUGAUGUUUUUAAGUUUCUUUAUAAGAACAAUGUUUAUACAGGAAGUUUUUAUGAAAAUCUGAGAAUAAGCAAACCGGAUGAGUUUGAUAUAAACCUUAUAUUUGUUUUGCCAGCGGAAUGCAAGAUAUUUUAUGAUAAAAAACAACCAGGUUUUGUGAAAAUCAAAGUAAUUUCAUUUGCUGAAUCACAAAUCAAGAAACAUCUUAAUGAUGUGCCAAAUUUAGAGAGAAUUUUGAAAUCCUGGAUUGACCCCAAAACUAAGUUUCUUCUCAGAACAGGCUUUAUGCAGUGGAUGCAAGGAGUAUUCACCCAAGCUUUAGAUCGUGUUUCACUAGAAAAUACUGUGAUAAAGAGAAGUUCUUCUGGCCCUGCUUUCACUGUGAAGGUUUCACAGCCUCAAUUGGGGUUAUCUGAAUACUCAGUAGAUUUGGUUCCUGUUUUUGAAUUUCCUGAUAAAGAUUUGCCUUCAGCCCCAGUUCGCAAAUUACCAAAAGGAGCUGUUCACAAGGAAUGGACCGUUGUGCCCAAGGCACCUCCUAAUGUAAGUGAUGUAACAUAUUGGCGAAUGUCUUUCUACAAACAAGAAAAGGAAAUAAUGAAUAAUUUAAAUGGAAUGAAACAUGUUAUAAAACUCAUAAAGCUUUUCCGUGACAAAGAGAAAUGGAAGGUUCUCUCCAGUUAUGCCAUAAAGACAGUGUUCCUUUGGGAAUGUGAACGACAACCCAAAGAUGGCUUCUGGCAGAAUGGUGUCGGACAGUUAUUUGUACAUAUGUUACGAAGAUUACAUGAACAUUUAAUGAAACAAUCAAUUCCAUUUUACUGGGAUAAAAACCACAAUUUACUUUCCCAAGUAAAACCGGACACCCUAACGAUUUACAGCAACCGCGUCUCAGUUGUCCUGAAAAAAAUUGAUUUACAUUUAGAAGAUGACCCUGAUCUCAUUAAGAAUAUUUUAGGCAGAAUUCAAAAGGAUACCCCAGAAGACAAUAAAUAUAACCUAAAUUCCAAUUUAUUUAAAGAGAUAAACAGUCAACAACCCGCUGCAAUUAAAACUAGCAGCAAAAUUCCAUGUGAUGUAACAAGAAUUCAUGGUUCAACCUCAUGGAUUGAUAUAACAGAAAGAGGAAUCUCAUCUGCAAAGAUAGGAAGCAAUGCAGAUGAGAAUGUGUUGUCAGAAACAAAGCUGAGAGAAAGUGUUGAUGCGGCAGGGCACUUAAAAAUUGGGUGUAAAAAUAAUGGGAUACAUCAGACCACCAAAAUAUCUGAUCCAGUUCUUGAGUUACCAGGAAAUUUGAAGGAACAGCAUGACAUUAAACAAACUUUGCAAUUUUUGCUUCAGCAACAUAUUCAGAUAAAGAAAGAAAUAAAAGAACUGAAAGAAGAAAAUGCUUUAUUAUGGAAACAUUUUAAUAACACAGCAAAUUAUGCACCUAACCCUCAAGCUUCUAGUGCUGUACACACUUUUUUUGACUUGCCAUCAUCGAAUCAAAAUUGCCAUCUGUGUGGGACUCUGCUUCCAAACAGAUACCCUGCUCCCGAGCAAAAGCAAGUAGUUGCUAGAAAUGCAACAGGACAAAAUAGCUGUGUACCUGAUACAAUUAAAUGCAAUUCCUACAUGGUAGAUCUGUUUGAUGUAUUUAAUAAUAAGCCUCAAGAAGAUACAAAAGCUUUAAAUAAUCUUUUGGUACAUUUGAAAUCCCUUCCUGAUAAGAGAGCUGGCAUGUCUCAGAAAACCAAAAAGAAGCGAAACAGAAUGUAUGCCAAUUAAUACAGUAUUAACCGAUUCAAGGCUAUCUUCAGACUAUUGUGUAAUAAUGCAAGAAAUGGAAGUACAGAAAACAAGUCUUUAUAUCGUCAUAAAAUAAAUAAAAUUAUGAUUAUUAAUGAUGUGUCUUUCUUUCCUGAAACACUGGACCAAUUAAUUUAGAAAUUAAAGUUCUAAACCAGGAAUUACACAUUAAGCUGCAUUCCAGUGUUUUAUUUGCAAGAGCCACAUCACAGUUACAUAUUAAUUAGUAAACAUGUUCAAAUGAAGUUAAAUUCAGUUAAUAUUGUUACAUUUACUUAAGAGCCACGUAAACUAUCGGUUAAAGCUAAAGUCCGAAAUACAGCUAAAUAGCUGGUAAAUUCACACAAGGUAUAAAGCUGUAUGAAUGAUGAUAAAGCAUUUUGGACAUCAUCUGGCAAAUAUUAGCAAUAGACACAGUGGUAAAUAAAGUAAUGUGAUCGUUCCUGUGCAAGGCAUUUUGCUUAUUAGUAAGAAAUGUUUCAUCAUAAAAAUAAAUGGGAAAUUAUGCAUUACUAAGUCUCAAAGUUUGUUUUAUGUAAAUUGUGAUGGACCCAAAGUAUGGAGCCUUGUCAGAAAUGUUAGAGAAGUGUCAUGAAUGGGCCAGAUUCGGACAUUAGCAGUAACUUACAAAUGAGGAGAAAAAAAGGGGAAAAUACUAAUAUUAUAUCAACAUAUUUUUAUCGGGGAAACAAAAUACAAUACAAUUAAUAGAUGCUGGGAGCCAUUCUAAGAGUCAUGUUUGCCCAAAGUUGUAUAAUGACCCUUCUAAUUAUAAUAAGCUUGUUUCAAAACUUACAUAAAAGAGGUGCUUGUUAAGG